AUAAACAAGGGCGUUAAUAUAUAAUUAUGAUAAACAGGUGUUAUUAUCACUGACUGUGAGAAUUUUACUGCAAUUUGUUUGAAGUUUCGUCUACGUUUAUUUUCCAAGUCAGAAGCCAGAAAUACUAACAUAAACAUAAAUUAUUCGUUCAUUGAUGAUAUUUUGAAAGCAGGAAAUUACAUAGACAAAAAUGAAUUCGCAUAGUAAUAAUGCAGCAAAGGAUCAAGAUCACAAAAUUGACACCGAAUUCAUCAUGAAAUUUCCUGCACCCUCAGCACCAGAUUAUCAUUACGAGCUGAAGACCAACUUGCAGAUUCCAUUUAAGGAUUCGGCACCCGAGCUGGCUUACCGACUGAUUUCUACACUUCGUCCUCCGUUUUACAUAUACGACGUUCUGAUUGAAAAUAUACAAAAUUUUGUGAAGGAGAAGCUAAAAAUUGAGCAGGAUCGUCUAGCUGAUGAAUUGGUCUCUAAUACCAUUAAGCAGAAAAACUCCGACAUUGAUGCACUUGUGAAGCAAUGGGAAAUUUCCUAUAAAACGGAAGUCACACAGUACUGCAGUCCGACAGCAAUGUCUGACGAAGAGCUGUUUGCCGAAGCGUACCACCAGCUCGUCCAUUCUCCAAUGCUGGACAAAGUUCUGAAGGGAAUUGAAGCCAUGUCUGCCCAAGUUAGUCAAAUGGUCACGCUCAGAGAUGCAGAAAUCAACCAACUCUCAUAUAAGCAAGAAAGAGAAAUGCAUCAGGCUAUAGAGAGUUUGUCGGAGGAUCAAAUAAAUUCACUGGCUAAUUCGCAUCUGGAGCACAAAGAGAUGCUGCACGUCCAGUGGGAAAGUCGUUUGGAUUCGUUAAAAACAACGCAACGAAGAGAGGCCAGGGCUUGGCUCGUUGGUCUCAGCCAACAGGCCCAGCCUGAUCAAAAUUUAUCCCUGUGGCCAGAAAUAGAGGAAGUUGCUCGAAAAGCUCCGACGCCCUCAAACCAAUCGGCGCCAACAAUGCAGGAAAGCUUCACAAUACACCUCGGCUCCCAAAUGAAGCAAAUGCACAAUGUGCGACUUCUUGCUAGUGAUAUUCUUGCUCUUUGUGAUUGUCCGGGCCAAACUCAGCGCAUCCACACAUCACUGUCUCUCUACUCAAACGAAUUACAAGGAUUGGUUUUUUUCACGGACUGCCAUUCACCGGCGACAUCCGCCUCUUUUGCCGCAUUUCGAGAUGUUUGCCAAAAUGGAACAGAGUUGCAUUUCUUGCCUGUUGAGCACCAACUCGAGAGCUUGACGUCUCAGGCCAGACAAGCCGUGGAAUGGAGGCUCCAGAAUAAUGACAACAAAAGCGGUGCCAUUCGUAGAAAUUUGCAGCCUGGUGAUUGCUACAUAACAAAACACUCUAGUCUUGCUGAGGCUCAUGUUGUUUAUCACAUUCUGAGUGAUGAUUCAGUGAUGUCAGAUGUGACAUCCAGAAAUCCUAUUAUUCUUGGCUUGAGAAACAUAUUGAAGACAUCCAGUGCUUAUGACAUAACUUGUUUGACCAUUCCACUGCUUCUAGUCCACGAAAUGUCAGAGGAAAUGACGGUGGUGUGGUGCACUAAAAGGGCAGAGCUUGUUUUCAAAUGCAUCAAAGGUUUCAUGAUUGAGACUGCAAGCUGGGGAGGAUCAGAACUGAAAACAAUUCAAUUUGUCCUUCCAGAAGGCAUAUCCGAGAACCUCUUCAAGAAUCUGUGCUUGAUGCUGUCAAGCAUUUUCAGAGUAUCAAACCCUUUGAAAUUUACCGGGAAGUGAAAAUACAAGAAUAAAUACAAGCACUAUUACUCAUCCACUGAGAUACUAUAUAGUUUUAA